AUGCUUGAAAUCCCGUAUGAUCCCGUACGAGUACCUAUCGAGAUCCCCUAUGAUCUGAUUCCAGUGCCUGCUACAGCAUACCCGAUCACACCACUUGUGAUUACGGUCCCUGCUCCGUUCGCUUUUGAUAAUACAAAAGUAGUGCCAUGGAAUUACGACUCGAAGGUAUUUCUAUAUGGGCAAGAGGUGAAAGAGGAGCCCACUAAAACUGAAGAAGCUAGUGUGAAUAUCACUGGAGCCGGGGGCAUAACCCGUAGUGGUAGGGUAUUCGCACCAGCAUCUCCCGCGGGUGGUGUUGAUCAAGGAGCCUCAAACAGAAACCCUAGAAAGCAGGUGGCAAAUGAUGAUGGUCGAGGGCCAAAUACGGCAGAAAAGGUAAAUCCUAAUGAUGAAGUGGAGGAAUUUCUCCGCGUUAUCAAGAAAAGUGACUACAAGGUGGCUGUUCAACUCAAUCAAAUGCCGUCGAAGAUAUCCAUGCUUGCACUCUUGAUGAGUUUAGAGGCGCACCGAGAAGCUCUGAUGAAGUUCUUAAGGACCACACAUGUCCCUCAAGAGAUAUCAGUAAACCAGUUCGAAGCUGUAGUGGCCAACAUAUCUGCAAGUAGUUGUCUAGGGUUCAAUGAUGAUGAAUUGCCACCUGAGGGUAGAAAUCAUAACAAGGCGCUCCAUAUUUCCAUCGAAUGUGUGGACAUAGUCUUGUCCAGAGUAUUGGUGGAUACCAGCUCUCCGUUAAAUGUCCUACCCAAGAACUCGCUUUCCAAGCUGACCAUCGAGGGAUUGGUGAUGAAGCCUAGCUCACUCAUUGUGAAAGCAUUUGAUGGGUCAAGGAGAAUGGUAAUAGGAGAGGUGGAUCUCCCCAUGAAGAUAGGGCCUCACAUCUUCUUUAUCACCUUUUACGUGAUGGACAUUUACCCCGCCUACAGUUGUCUCCUGGGACGUCCAUGGAUCCAUUCGGCUGGCGCCGUAACCUCAACCCUACACCAAAGGUUGAAGUUCAUGAUUGGAAGCAAACUGGUAGUGGUGGAGGGGGAAGAAGAUAUAGUUGUAAGCCAUUUAGCAUCGUUCAGGUAUGUCGAAGUGGGAGGAGAGAUUCAUGAGACUCCUUUCCAAGCCUUCGAAGUAGUGAACGUGGAGAUGACACCACCGGUGAACGUAGCUCCGGGCGCAGAACUCCCUAUGACUUCAUGGAAGGAUGCUAAGACUAUAAUCCAGGUUGGACACCCCGCAGGCUGGGGUAGAGUACUUGAUCUGCCUGUAAACAAAUACCGAUCUGGGUUGGGGUUCCGUGCUCACCAAAUGACUCAGAAGCCAAACAUUGCCGAUGUGAACAAAGGGCCGAUUCCCACAAUACCAGACACUUUCACUAGUGCGGGGCACCUCGGAGAUGACUCCGUAUGUGUAACAGAAGCAGAGAGCAGCCUGCCAGAAGAAGCAUGCCUCGUGUAUCAGAGGGCUGAUGGACAAAUACUCAACAAUUGGACUGCCGUGGAUAUGCCAGAAGUCACCUUCAUUGAAGAAUCCGCGUCGAGUUCCAUUGAUAAUCAGACUGCUAUAGCCCAAUAUGACUUCGAUAAUCCUAUUAACCAAGCUGAUGAAGGCGGUGAGGAAGAUUGUGAACUCCCCGAAGAGUUGUCUAGGCUUUUACAGCAGGAAUCGAGAGUCAUCCAACCGCAUCAAGAGACAGUAGAGGUUGUGAACCUCGGGUCAGAAGAGGAAAAGAAAGAAGUUAAGGUAGGCGCAACCCUCAAUGACGAGGUGAAAGGAAAGUUGAUCGAACUCUUGCGAGAGUAUAUGGAUGUAUUCGCCUAG